AGAGAGAGCCUGCGUGAAGUUGAUACAACACUUAUUAGCAACAGCUGGGAUAGAUGAGGUGAAUAACACGUCACGUAAAAGAAUGAAUGAAAACAACCGAGUGACAUCACACUUAGGUUAAUUGAAAAAUCUCGGUGGUAAUUUUUUACAUAAUACAUCGAUCCUAAUGGAAGCACUAAUAUAAUGGGUGAAAACAUGAGAGAGAGAGAGAGAGAAACUAAACGACAACACGAUUGCCUGGCACGGGCACAAGUAUACAAGUUAUUCCCAGAUGAAGCUCACCACACCUCAUGGGUUGCUGGGGUUUAGUACUUUGUUCCAUACACUGAGCGGGAAGAAAACCCUUAUUACAUGAAUAUGAACAUUAAAAGUGAAUAGUAGUAUUCUUAUCAUCAAUAUCUUUACGGAGGGAAGAAAUUUAACCUGGUAAAAUAAAAGUACAAAAUCAGUCGGUGGCACCUCGCGGGUACAGGGAAACUGGGGAGUGGGGAUGGAGAGGAAAGUGAUUUAAGAGUUCAGUAGCAUGUGUUGUUGUGUGCGGGUUGGUUGUGUACGGAGGUCUCUCGUGUCAUCUCGUCUUGCUUGUUUCUUCUGACACUUUUGAGAGUGAAAAAUCGUUAUAAAAGCUUUAUGUGAUUAAUAAAUUGCCGUAUCAAUAUAUAUAUAUAUAUAUAUAUAUAUAUAUAUUAGAAUGCCGAGAGUUCACAAGGGCCACGGGUGACUGAAGGAAAUAUAUUGAUUUUUGAGCUACUGAGGUAUUGCGAGUAAAUAAGUGACGAAAAAAAAAAAAAAAGAAAGAAAGAAAGGGAGAGACAAAGUUGUAGUUGAGUGCGAAGGGGAAGCGGUAAAGGAAUACAAGCUUGACAAUGACCGAUAGCCACACUUAUGUCAACACGAAAUCCGCCACCGCUAAGACAGCCGAUACUACAGACAUCGACUUCCUGACGGAUGCUAAUGUAUAUUACAACCUACCACCCCCUUUACCCGUGGGACACUGCCGCGGAGCAUCACUCCCUCGUGGACGUUAUGCAGCUCAACAUCAGCUGAUGCGGGCAUCUUCAUCCUGCCCUGCAUCACCUAAACUGACUAGUGCUGCUGCUGCUGCUGCUCCUGUACCAAUCAUCGAUGUCAACAGCCGUGAGAAGGGAGAGGGGGAGGCUCUUGCACGACCCGCUAAGCCACCUUUUGCCAUCACUGCCAGGAGGAAUGAUGCCACUCAGGAAAAUGGAAGGAAAGAUGAACCGCUGCCGUCGCUGAAGGCAAGAGAAGUGCCGAAGCCUAGGAGUAAAAUGCUUCCACAUACGCGCUCCUUCGACCUCGACCACAUAUAUCAGAAUCUGGUGAGGGUAGCCACUAAGCCUCGCAGUAAUUCCUUCAGCAUUGAUCUUCCAUGGAAACGGAGGAAGAAGGUAGUGGAUGCCACGCCUCCAGAUAUUAGAGAAGAUUCCGGUGAAGAUAGCCAUAUCGGGCUUGGACAAAACCAGCCAGGUGCCUCAAAGCCUGAACCUCCGAGGGAACCCAGCCUGUCACUCUCAAAAUCUGAACACCCAAGGGAAUCCACUCGACAGUCAGUCUCAAUGCCCGAACCCCCAAGGGAACCUGCUCCGAUGCUGCAUGGAGACCAAAACCCCCAGGUGCUUAACAGUACCAACAGUAGUAGCAGUAGCAGUAGUAGCAACAACAGUAACAAUGAAAAUGAUUGUGAUGCUGAAGACUGUUCGGCGGGUGUGCGUCCAAGCGUCACGUAUGUGAGGAGACAGGGGCAGCGGAAGCAAGUUGGGCGUAGUAGCAGUUCAGGGGGAGAAGUGGUAAAUGCUCUUUAUCAUUGCACUGCUACGCUUCCUCUCCAUUCGAGAAGUGCUUCCAGUCCCGUCGACACUGCCAAGGCGAGUGUGGACCAACGGCCUAUGUUGGACGUGAAUGCAAAUCUGGAUGAAUGGUUGCGAAAGGAACGGUGGCUGGAGAAGAAACGAUGCUCAAGAAACUUCCGGUCAUCAAAUGAGAGCGGUGAAGUGGAUAUCAGCAUCUUGCAUGCGUCUGAUGGCGAUAAGUGGAAGAAUUACCUGUAUGAAGUAUUCACCCACCUGGUGCCUGGGGAUGACAGGGCACGUGGUAUCAGAGUUGAAGCAAGCAAUGUUGAAGAAAUAGAGGAAAACUUGGGGAAGCUGCAAGCUGUCAAACUCAAAGGAUCAAAACUACAGAUUGUAAUUAUGUCACCCUGCUUCCUGGACCACGUAGCUAACCAUGGCAAGAGUGAGCUAGGCCAGGUGUUCAAGCCAGAGAAGGUCUUGGCUUUGUUACUGGGAGUGGACAAUAGUCAACUGACCAUGGCUCAUCUUUCAGCAUUAUAUUCAUACUGUGACUGGCACAAACUGAAGGUCCGUGACAUGGAUCCCAGUUUUGUAGAUGAGGUUUUGACUGAAGGUAUUAAAAUAUUGAACAACUCCGAACUUUACUCCAAGUACCAGGAUGAAAGGAAUGCAAGAUUUAAGGUCACUCCUCGCAAAGUAACAGAGUUGCAACAACUGGUGCACCUCUUGCUCAAUGAUCCUGUAUAUACUAAAAAAGACAUUGAAAUUCUGAUUGAAAGUCCAAGCAAGCCGAAUGUCACGGUGGAAAAAUUCAGGUUGAGGAACCCAUACACAAUAGAGUUUAGGAUGCCAGAUGAAUUUCUGGCUAGUUCAUCCCUCGUCUUAGUCACUGUAUUGGUGCAGAAGCAACAUAUUGGAUCAAGGCAGGUGAAAUGUGAGAGUAGUCUGGACUCUGUGAGAUCUCAUUUGACCAUUCUCACAGAUCCAACAAUUUUCAUGUGUCAGGCACUCAAUAUCAAUCAUGCAAGUAAUCAGCUGGACCAGAAGAUGACAGAAGCAGUGAAAACUCAAGUACCUCUCUGCAAACUUAAGGAAAAGAGAAAGGAAAAAUGCUAUUCAGAGUUUCCGACAAUGGUCCACUUCAGUGCCUAUUAUGGGCUAGAGCAACUGACUUGGACAUUACUUGAGAUCCCUGGGGGAGAAGCAGCACUCAAUGUGCCAAAUCAAAAUGGCCACACUCCAUCUGUUCUGGCUUACCAGAAAGGCUUCCAUCUCUUUGCACACACCCUGGAGGAUGCAGCUUUAAUGGCAUCAUUAGCAGAAAAGCUGAACUAUGAACCUUUACAUUAUAAGAACAUAAGCAAGGCUCGGAGUACAAAUAUUGCACAAGAGUUAUACAGCAGUCCCCCACCUCCUCGACCACUUAACUCACCUUUGUAUGAUCACCCUCCAUCACCUCAAGAAGUACUGAAACAUACAGUGGGAUCCUCAUCUGUGGAGGUUCCUCAGUGUGGUCCUGCUGUAGAUGACACCAGUUCAUCUGUAUCAGAGCUUUGUUCACCUCCUCCUCCUCCUUAUCCAUGUGAGCAUAAUCUUUUCUCCACCUCACUGACAACCGCUGCCCAGACUGAGGAAAGGAAACAAGAUGGACGGUACCUGGACAUGAAAGCAACACAAGACUUCAGAGAAACUGAAUUGUAUGAAUACAGUGAAGAUGUAUACACUCUUGUGACAGCAUGGCUAGAGAAGACCAACAUGAAGGCAUUUGUUGAAACACAUCAGGAAAAAAUUGAUGAAGUAAAGAGUAAAUUAGACCUUAAUACCACAAAAGAAGAAUAUUACAAUCCAGAGAAUACACCAGGAGCAUCUGCUGAAGUGACUGCACAGGAGGCUGAUAAGAAUAUGGUGGAGCAGUUCUGUACCUUGCUAAGAGGAGCUCGUUCUUCUUGUGAGCCACCCAGUGACUCUGGUGAUGACUUGGACUGUGGGGCAACAAGUAAUGUGUUGUCAGAAUCCAAAUGUGAGCUGCCUACCUGCACUGCAACUGCUUCACAAGAGGUGUCUGAGGAACAAUUGGAAAAAAUUUCUUCAUCCUCUGAGUCUGCUGGAUUGAAAAUUAUACCAAAUAUGAUGCCACCAGCAUACAGUAUUGAGGAGCGUCCGCCUCAACCUCCUCCUCGACCUUACUGCCAAGGGGAAUAUUUGAAACCAGAAGACCUGAAUGCUCUCACAAAUACUUUGGUGAUUGGAAGCACUGAAUCUAACACUGGAGUUCCCAGGUAUUACAAUACCACACUGAGAAGGUCUAGUUCAGCAGAAAGAGGGACACACUGCCAAGAUCAGACAGCAGAGAUGCUUUAUGCUAUAGUUAAAUAGCACAUUAGGUUAGUAUAUAUUACAUAUACUGUAUCAAAUGUGUUGAAAGCUAGUUUUGUUAAAACAUAAGGAAAAUAACCAUAAAAAAGAAGAGAAACAUAAUGCAACAGGUUGUAUUUUUGUUAAUCUACUGAGUUGAUUCAGACUGUAGACAUUAUGGCAGUUACUAUUUUACUUCUUGUCUUUCUGGAAGUUUGUUAAAUAGUAUCAUUUCCUUGUAUUUUACACCUGCCAUAUAAUUCUCUCUCUCUCUCUCUCUCUCUCUCUCUCUCUCUCUCUCUCUCUCUCUCUCUCUCUCUCUCUCUCUCUCUCUCUCUCUCUCUCUCUCUCUCUCUCUCUCUCUCUCUCUCUCUCUCUCUCUCUCUCUGUCUUGUUUCUGCUUUAUUCUCUAACAGUGUCUAUCACCCAGUUAUUAUUAUUUGUUAGAGAACAUGUAUUGUUGUGCCAGUGUUCACCAGAGGGAGUAGUCAUGAAAUGCACACAAAGUGCUGUGGUAAAAAGUGCAAAAUUAUUUUGAAUUUCUCAAGUCAAAGGUAAGUUUGAUAUGAUUUGCUUUGUUUAUGUGAAAUAUUCUUCAUAUAAUAGUAAAAUUGAUUAUGAAAUAAUAAAACUCAAGAUUUUAUAAUCUGAUUAAAUGAUGUAUAAUUUUUAUUUCUCCUCAUUGAGUCAACAUUAAUUUAAUUUCUAUGAUGUUCAUAUUUUGUCUUGAAAAUUAUGAAAAUUAUGACAUGGUAGUACAACUUUGUACUUAUGUACUGGCAGGUAUGGCCAAAAUGAAUUGAACUGUUAUAAUUUAAUGAUGAGGUGAAGUGAUCAGAUAUAGCAAUAAGAUGUUCUUGCUGCAAUAUUAUGUAUUUGAUGAUUUAAUGUAAAUCAGUGGUGAGUUUUAAGUUGAUUAUCAAAGCCACUUUGAAGACAACACUAAUUGCCAGUUUUAUGAUUUAUGUAUACGAGUACCUAGUAUUGUAAUUACUUGAUCCUUUAUUCUGUCUUUUGUUUUGAUUAAUAUUCAUGAUAAUCCAAAUCCACUCGAACUUUGGAACUUUAUGGGCUGUUUACAUGUAAUAAUUUAUUUUUUCAUUUAGAAAAUUAGAUUGGCCUGACCGUGGUGAUGUAUUUGACCUUUAUUACAUUAUUUAGGAUGUAGACCAUUGGUGUGCCUGCAGGGUAGGCAAUUGAGUAAUUGAAGUGCCCCUUCAGAACUAGGACUAUGUAUUGGGUUGUUGGAAACUACUUCUUUACCUCAAUUUGAAAUACCUAAGCCAGACUGUAGUUGGUUGGCUGCUGUCACUUUCUGAUAUGUUCAUUCAUCUCAGCCAGUUCAACCUUUCCUUGUCAAAGAAUUUCUCAUACGUACAUGAGAAACAAGUAUAGGGCUUUUUUUUUAAGGUAACAUUAUUUGACAAUUGGAUUUACAGUCAGAUACCUAAUACUAAGAGACAGUGACCAAAGAUGAUGUUAGUGUUUAAUAUUGAUUAAAAUAAAUAUAUGUGCAUUUUA